CAACACCAUUGCCUAGAGUGGGUAUUCCAAGGGAGACAGCCUCACCCUCAGCCAUCAGUGGCUAUUGAAGCAGUUACUCUGCCUCCGCAGGUUCUGGUCUAUCGAGCAGGAAGGCGCUCCUGUUACCAUUGCUGCUCUGUGAUCUGUGAGCCGUAAUUGGUUCGGCCAGGCCUUCGUUCGGUUUCAUACGUUAUUCUCAUCACCACAAUCUCUGUGGUACCGAGGGAACCUAUUUCAGAUCGUUAGAGAAAUUUCGAAAAUCCAUUUCAAUCGCGGUUCUUUUACCGUUUCCAGCAUCCAUAACCAAGUCGGUUAAGUAAGCAUCAUGAGGAGCUUAUUCUACCUCCUCCUCGCGCUGCUGCUGAUCGCACAGCCGUUCGCGAAGCAGGCUUCUUUCCUCUCGCGAGCUCACGACACCGACGAGGAGAGUUACACCGUCGGCGACGACGACGAACCGGAAGAAGCCGACGACUCCGAGAUUCCCGAAGGCGACGACGGCGACGUUGUCGCAUUGACGGAUACCACUUUUCCACAGGUUCUUAAAGACAAUAAGCAUGUGUUGUUGGAGUUUUACGCUCCGUGGUGCGGUCACUGCAAGUCUCUCGCGCCGGAAUAUAAGGUCGCAGCGGCGAAAUUGAAGGAGUUCGGAGUGGUUCUGGCGAAGGUGGAUGCGACGAAGUAUGCGGAUCUUAGCGAAAAAUACAACGUGGAAGGGUUUCCUACCAUUGUGUUCGUCUCGAACGGAGAAACGAAGCCGUUCAAUGGCGGACGAACCAGUGCCGACAUCGUGUCAUGGGUGAAGAAGAAGAUUGGCAUGGGGGUGUCCACCUUUACUGCAGCGGACGUCGCCAAAGCGGCUCCUCUCCUCGAGUCCUCCACAGCCGUUUCGGUCGGCUUUUUCGCUUCCUCCGACGCACCGGAAGCUGUUGCUUUCAGUGACGCAGCCAAGGAGAUCGACGGAGUGGAGUUCGUGCUCACCAGUGACGCCGAUGUCGCUGCUGCGUUCGGCCUUGCGAAGGACAAGAAGCCCACCAUUGCCAUCGUGAAGAAGGAGGAGGAGAAAUUCGUCACCUUUGACGGCGAGUACACCAAGGAGGCCAUUGCUGCAUUCGUGACUGCCAACAAGCUACCGCUGCUCAUCACCUUCUCUGAAGAAACGUCGGCCAGCAUCUUCGCUGGAGACAUCAAGAAGCAGGUGAUGCUGUUCGCCACUCACGAGGAGUACACCAAGAUCGUGCCGGCCGUGGCUGCAGCAGCGAAGCAGUUCAAGGGCGAGCUGGUCUUUGUGUACAUCAACGGAUCGGACACGGAGUCACAGCCGGUGCAUGAGUACUUCGGUACAGAAGCCAAGGAGACAACGGUGAUGGGGUUCUUCAUGGGCGACGAGGAGGACCCCUCGUCAGCCGCAGGAGGGCUCAAGUAUCGCAUGAAGGAGCCAGUCACUGAGACGAACAUCAAGGCCUUCGCCAAGAGCUUCAUAGACGGGGAUCUGAAGCCAUUCCACAAGUCAGAGCCGAUCCCAGAGAAGAACGACGGCCCCGUGACUGUGGUGGUGGGCGAAUCUUUUGAGAAGAUAGUGCUGGACGAGACCAAGGACGUCCUUCUGGAGGUAUACGCUCCCUGGUGCGGGCACUGCAAGUCCCUGGAGCCCACAUACAAGAAGCUCGGCAAGCGAUUUGCAUCGGUGGAGUCAGUGGUGAUUGCCAAGAUGGACGGCACGGCCAACGAGUACCCUGGGCUGGAGGUCGAGGGGUUCCCAACGAUUUUCUUCUACCCAGCCAACAAGAAGUCCGACCCAGUGAAAGUGCAGGCAACGAAGCUGAAGCAAUUUAUCAAGGUGAUUGUUGAAAAUGCGGCCAUCAAGUUUGAAUUGCCUGCCAAGGAGAAGGAUUCAGCCGCAGCAGCAGCAGCAGAAAAUAAGGAAGCUCUGCAGGACAAGGCAGAGGAGGCUGCAGCGUCAUCAGGAGAAGGAUUUAAGGAUGAGCUAUGAGUUGUGACGGAAAGCUUUUGAAACAAACCUGUGAGACCUAAUACGGAAUCAUAACGAGAGUAAUCAUGGAUGGGGUGUAAUGUGACAGAUUCUUGUGGUGACUUGAGAUCCUGGUAAUUAUGAGAAAUUUGGUGAUGUAUUCGGUAUAAAAUAGCUUGCCCGGUGUCAAGGUGGUCUAAGAAUCUGGUACUCAGUAGUGAAAGAUGCAAGGUGGACUUUGCAACAUAUAUAAAUGCCAUAUAUAUAUAUGUAUAUAUAUGUAUAGCAGCCUAGUA